AUGCAGAAGUACCUGGAAAAUGAAAAACGUCAAGAAUCUAAACAACAACAACAAGAAUUAAAUACAUUAAAUUUAAUUAAGUCAAUGGAAGAGAAUGCUAUUAAACAAGUAGAACAAGACAUUUCUCAUAAUGCCAUCAGAGAAACUAUUGUUCAAAAAGAUGAAAAACUUAGAGAAGACUUAAAAGAAAUUAAACAAAAAAGGAAAGAAGCACAAGAAGAAGAGAAAGCGUCUCGUUCAUAUCUGUUUAUAUAUGAGAAUGGAAAAUUGAAGAACCCUAUAAAAACACAAACCCAAUCUAAAAACCCAGAAACAAAGUUAUUAGAAAAAGAAUUAAGUAAAGAAGGAAAUGAAGGAGGUUGGUAUUUUAGUGAUAAUAAAGAUCUACCUUUUGAUAGUAAUGAGUGGGAGUUUAUUUAA